CGUGAUUGCGGGCAAGUCGAGAAAGUUGACAAACUUUUGGCAUGGGAGUGUGGUCACACCUUCAAGAAAAAGACGCAUGCGCACUAAAUGUCAACAUGUCAGCCCGCUGCCGUUUCAACCCGAAGUGGACAGGUUACUAGACAGUUUUUUUCAUUUGUCGUGAUAUUGAUUUGUCAGAACAUGUCCGCUAAAUACGAAGAUGUACAGAUCAAAAUGGAGGAUGAAGAUGCCAAGACAGCAGACUACACAUCAGAACAAACACAGAAACCUAACCCGUAUGUAGUGCAACAUGAAAACACGGGUGUGCGUCUUAAAAUUCCAAACAGUGGGGAACUUGUGCCCAAACCAUGGCGUAGCAUAAAACAGGUCAUCGUUGCAUCUUACUUGAGUCUAAUAUGUUUGUGUUUACCUGGCAUGUUCGCCACCAAAUAUGCAUGGGAAGCCAAUAGGUAUAAAGAACUUGGACUCCCUUCUGAGGCCAAAGUCCUGGCGAAAAAUGCUGUAUGUUGCAUAUAUACUGGUCUCAUCCUUGGAACCGUCUUGGGUGCGAUUGGUUUGACACUGGCACUUGUCCUGAAUUAAAUAAUAGGUAUAAUAAUGGACAUAUUUACAAAUGUAUGCAGAGCUGAGGGACAAACCCUCAAGGUAGUGCUGUAUGUUGUAUCUCCAUUGGUCAGAUCAUUUGAGUUAUCGAUAUUGUUUUGUUGUACUGUGUUACUUUUGAUCAGAGACAAAUGAGUGAGUGAGUGAGUUUAGUUUUAUGCCGCACUCAGCAAUGUUCCAGCUAUAUGGCGGCGGUCUGUAAAUUAUGGAGUCUGGACCAGAUGAUCCAGUGAUCAAC